ACGAUGAGGGUAUCAGAAGGAAGAAAGAAAGUAUCUGAGAUAAGGGGGUGUUAGGAAUAGUCUUCUUGUUCAGACAUUUCUUAUGUAUUCUAAUACUUUAGCAGAUGUGCUGUGAAGAAAAUGCCUAAACCUAGAAGGUUUGCAUCUGGAUUUGGGUUCAUUCAGAAUGUCACUCCUAGUUUUGGGUGGCUAAGGGAAUUCAGGUCCUGUUCUUAAUCCCUAGGCCAUCCAGAGUAACCCUAACACGAUGAGUGUCUUUGGCUUAUCAGGAAGGAAGACUAGAAUCUUUAUAUAACAGGAACCACACUGACUUUAGCUGAGCUAGAUCAGUUAAAAUUAUUCUGAAAUAGAUUUCCAAGGAGGAACCCUAUUCCAGAGCUCCACGUACCCUAAAAUUUACCUUAGAAUUUAGAAAUUCAGCCUCUUGGAUUAGAAAGGUAGGACAGACUUUUAUUCUACAUUUUGCUUUAACUGCUUUCAUAGGGGAGAGGAUGGUUCUUAGAUGGGUGGGGUAUCUUGGGAAGGUUAUGGGUAGGAAGGGAGAAUUGAAAAUAAAAAGUUAGACGUGGGUAGAUAAAGGGGGUCUCUGCAAGGGCAGGAUAUCUUGGAAGGGGGAGAGUCAUUAGACAUGUAAUCCUGGAAAUAUAUAUUGUUCACAUAUAUGAACAAUGGGAAAAAUGAGAGUGGUGAGGAAAAUUGAAUGGGUUAUGUGAAAGACCAGAGAAUCUGCAAAGGGAAUAAUUAUUGGGUGGGCUUCUGAGGGAAUAAGAAAUAGAAUAUUUGGUAUGGGUAGUGUGUAUCUAGAAAGGAACUACUUUAUGAAAUAGUGAGUUCCAAACCCUAGGGAUAUAUAUGCAGAGAUGUGAUGACCACUUGUUAAAAAAUGCCUUGGAGUUAGGCUAAGACUUCUUUCAGUUCUAAGAUAUGAGCCAUAGAGCUUUGUUGAAAUCAGAGGGGGAAAAAAUAAUUAAAUUGUAAUAUAAAGGAUAGAAAUUUCAGAUGAAUAAAGCUGCCUUAUGGUGAGUUUUAGAACUUGAAAGUAGUUAACUUACUUGAUUUUGGGAUGAUCUUAAGGAGUUCUGACAUUGUCUGCAUGGGUGUGUGUGUGAGGGUAGGUGGCAUCCUGAACCUUGAUUCCUAAAUCUCUCCACCCCCCCAUCCUUUUUAUGGUAGGUCUUCUGUUCUAAAAGGAGGCUACCACAGAAUGGAAGUGGUAGCCAAUUUUUGGAAGGAGGAUAAAGUUAUAUAAGGACUGAAUGAUAAUGGUUAAUGGAUUUAAGGGCAUUUGUGUAUAAGUACUUUAAGGAUUUAAUUAUUGUCAGACAGUUGAAGCUUAUAAGAAAGAAGCUAGGGGGAUUGAAGACCUGGCCUAUAGACUGCAGACCCUGAGUUCAAAUCAGACAGUUCCUAGCUCUGUGAUCCUGGGCAAGUCACUUAAUCCCCAUUGCCUAGCCCUUGCCAUUCUUCUAAGAAUUAAAAAAAAAAAGAAAGAAAAGGAAGGAAGGAAAGAAGCCUAUUAUUAUUAUAGAUGGAACUUAUGCUCAGGUUUGCCCAUAGUCACAGAACGAUCCUGCUGCCUCAGUAGAUAGUGGAGGAGAUAUGUGAUAGUUUUAAAGGAAGCUUUUUUUGAGAUAAUCAAAAUGAGUUGUUUAAAAUGUAGGACUUGUACAUGAAUAUAUUGGAGCCAAUAUGGGCAGUACUAAUAACACAUUUAUGUAGUGCUUUAAGUUUUAAAAAGUAUUUUCAUGUAAACCCUAUGAAAUAGGAAGUAUAAAUGCUAAUAUCCCCAUUUUAAGAAACAGAUUCAGGUUAAGUGAUUUGCCCCUGGUCAUAAAACUAGAAAAGAAAGGGUUGGAGUUGCAAUCCUGGUCUCCUGAUUCUAAGUCCAGUGGUCCUUCCAUUUAGCAGUGUUCCCUAGAACCAAGGCUAAUAGGUAGGCUCAUCUUAAGAUUUCUCUUUUAACAAGUUUCCUGAUUAAAAUCAACUCAUCAUGAUUUCCCCCCAAUUUUAAUUACUUUAAUGCUUUCUUAUAGUGUAAGUAUAACACAAUAAUGCAACUGCUUAUAUAUUUCCUAAGAAUUGUUUGGUUGAUCAUUUCACUCCAGUCCAUCUUGUUUCCCCAGCUAGAUAGUAAUCUUUUCAAGGAUAGUGUAUUCUGGGGACUGUAAGGGACUGGAUAUUCUGUAGAUUCUAUUUCUUGAGAAUCUUUCAAUAAUCAGUACAAUUCUGGUCACAAAGUAGAUGAUUUAAAAUGUUUAUUAAAUUAGUUAAGUAAUAAUAAUAAUAGAUAGCCUUUAUAUAUUUCUUUAAGAUUUUAAAAACACUUUAUAAAUAUCUCAUUUUUUCCUCCUAACAAUUCUUGGACAGAGAUACUAUAGUAUUAUCCCUAUUUUUAUAGUUGAGAGAACUGAGGCUGACUCACACAGCUAGUAAUUGAUGUUGGAUUUGAACUCAGAUCUUGUUGAUUCCAGGUCUAGUGUUCUCUUCACUGCAACAUCUCAUAUAUGACUGCAUAUGUGAAAAUAAUGUGUCAUUAGAGAAGGGAAUGAUGGGACUUUACAAUGUAGAGUGAGAACUAGGAUUGAAUAGUAGGAAGGGAUAUGAGGUUUCUGGAAAAUAGCAGUAUUCAGUUUGAAACUCAGUAUGCCAGACACUUUGAUGUUAGUGAUACCAAGACAAAAAUGAAAGUGUGUGAGGGUGGUUUUGGCAGUGGGACAGUUCAUGGGGAGGAGAGAAAAAAAUGUUUUGCUAUUCCAGGAGGGAAGUAUAGAAGAGAUUUGACCAGAUAGAUGAUACUAGAUAUAGGUGAAAAGAAAAGGUAGAGUGAGUGAAAAUGAGGCUUUUUAACCACAGUAUCUAAUAUAUAAAGGUAUUAAAUUCUCUUUGGUUUGAAAUUGGUCUGGCCUAGAAUAGAACUUGCCUUUGGUUUCUCUAAUCUGUAUAAUGCUUAUAGGCUGGGUGGGAUGUGUAUUGGUCCAAGGAUUUGAUUCAGUUUGUGAAUUGCCUGCUAUAUACCAUAAGGGAUAAGAAAAGUACAGGAUAUGAUUUGUUGUCUGAGGGGAAAUAAAAACAUUAAACAAUUAAGUAAUAAUAUGAAGUGCCAAUGUAAGAAAUUUUUUUAAGAAGUUAGAAUUUAUACCUUGUGUAAAGGUAUAAAUGUGUACCAUAAUCACUCUAUAGUUUAAAGUAAUAAACUUAUUUUAAGGAUGCCAUUGUUCAAAAUGUGUUUUAGAAUUUUGCUUUUGGAAUUCAGAACCAUCUGUACAUUUUUUGGAAUAUUCUCUCUGGUUCUUUGAACAUGCUUUUAAGUUUUGGGUAAAGCCAAGUCAUUUAGAACUAAGCCUAGUGUGUAAGGUGGGUGAUUAAGCUCGAUAAUACUGUUUUUGGUUUUAAAUUAUCUAUAAGUUAGUGACACAUGUGGGGAGUAGGGGAGUUUAUAGUUGGAUCUUAAUAUUUUUCAAAAAUGUUUUUUAACAGACAUUUUAACAUUGUUGAAAUAAGUAUAGAACCUCCUUUCCUAGCAGUAUCCUCAAUAAAGGGAUUCUAGAGUACUAAGAAUGCCAUAUUACAGUUACACCCCAUUUAAGGAAAUAUAUGAUUAAGUGGCCAAAAUGAGAGGAAUAGCAAGUACUCUAGGAGUUCAUAGAAGGGAGAGAUCAUUAUGUAGCUCUUAAAGAGAUCUUUGGAAAUUCAGGAGGGGAACAGAAUGGAAUCAACCUUCUAUUUAGUCUAGAUGAUCUGAAUGAAUGAAAAAACUUUUGGCCUUAUUUGGGUUUGAUUAAUCCGUAUGGAUCUGAGAUGGAGAAAAUAAAGAAAAUACCUGUUAGAAGGAAUCGAGGAGAAUGGAUCAGGUGUUCUUGCAAUGAUGAAGGGAAUUGUAAUUUGGAACAAUUGCUAGUAUUCUGCAGUGAACUGAGUCAUGGCUAUUUGGAGGAAAGGAAGAGGGGACUUUCUGGAUAGAAUUACAAUGAAGAGCAUCUUAGAAAGGGUGUCUGGAGGAAGAAGAAACGAAUAAAUAAAUGAGUAAUUAAAGGAGAAUUGGAAAGAUGUAGAAGUUACUGAGUAACAUUUAUAAUGGAGAUAAUUUAUCAAAGUUCUACCUAUUACUUGGUGGCCAGUUCUUGUACUAUUGCCUUCUACAUGAUGCUUUGAGAAGCCAUAUCUACUUACUCUGUUGUAUAGCAUUUUAUGCUAAUAGUGAUCAUAACCAAGGAAGAUUAAGUUUAAAAAUGAUAUCUGGGAAUUUAGAGAGGGUAGUGGAAGAAUUAGAAUGUUGGUGGGGAGGAGCAGCUGACAUAAGGUUAGAUUUUUCAGGUGGUUUGAAGGAUAGAGGGGAGAUGUUUAUCUAAUUAAUGUGUAGUAACUUAUGCUCAAUAAAUAUUUGAAUAUACCUGAAAUAUAAUGUAGUGGGAGUUAUGAGGAUUAUAUGUAUGUAUUAUGAACUCAGCAUUUAUUUAAUAGAUUUUGAGUAGAAUCUAUUUGAAAGACACUCUGCCUAGUAUCAUUCAUAUAUAAAAUUAUACCUCAUAUAAUCAAAUCUUUGCAUCUCUAUGCAAUAUUUGGUAAAUGUCUUCUAAGUUGUACAAAUUAAGUGCUCUAGAAGUGUUAAAAAGUGAGGCAUGGCUUUAUGUUGAGUUGAUGUGAAAAGACAUCAUUGGAAAGCUGGCAUUUGAGUUAUUUCUUGAAGGAUGAGUAGGAUUUUAUUAAAUUAGGAUGGGCUGGAGAGAGCAGAGAGAAUAGCAGGAAACAAGAUGGAAAAUAAUGUGUAUUUGGGGAAGGGGAAAGAAUUCAUGUUGCCUGGAGAAAAGAGAUCAUGUGGGGAAAUAGUAGGAUAAAACUGAUUAUGUAGAUUUUUAGCCAGAUUAUGAAGGGCCCCAAUUUGUAGGCAAAGGAGUUUGGCUUUUAAUCAGUCACUAAUGAGGAGUCCUUAAUUUAUUGGUGUGACAAGUGACACAUUAGGAAGUUAGCAAUAUGGAUAGAUGGGAAAGCAAGUAAUCAUUGAUUGAAAAUUGGAGGCAACUUUAGAAAUCAUGUAAUUUGAUUUGUCCACUUAAAAGUCUUGGUGGAACCUGUGGAAGAAAUAGAAGAGAAUGUAAAGAAAGAAGUCAAAGAAGAGAAAUAAAAGAUUAAGGGGUAGCAUGGUGACAUAGUAAACAAGAAUUUAAUUGAGGGGGCCAGAUAGCAUCAACUGUGACAGAAAUGUUAUGUCUACUGAGAAACAGACAUUGGACUUGGCAAAUGGGAUGCCCCACCCCCUUUUUUAAACUGAUAACAGUCCAGGGUCUCACUUUACCAAUGCAGAUUGGAGCUAUUAUGAAAUUUAUAAUCUUAGGGCUCUGAGAUUAAAUUAUUUGGGAAGAUGUACAGUGGGGACUGAACCUUGAUCUCUCUGCCUCUGAGACCAGAUCUCUAUUCAAUAUGACACACUGAAUCUCAUGAAACCAAAGAGGAAAUGAGUAGUGAAGAAGUAAAGAUAACUUUUAAAAAGAAUUUUAAUUUAAAUUUUGUCAAUUAAAAAUCUAGGUUCUCUCCCUCCUCUUCUGUCCUGAAAAAGAAAGAAAAAUAAAACUCUUGUAAUCAAUAUGCAUAGUCAGGUAAAAGAAACACUCUAACAUUGGCCAUGUUAAAAAAAAAAAAUUAAAGAUGACUUCUUUAAGAUGUUUCCAGGUAAAAGGAUGGCAGUUUGAAGUGAGUAUAUGUUAUUGGAAGGAAACUAAGAUUGUGAUUGUAGGCUGGUGUGAGAGUCAGAGCAGAGGAAGAAAUCAGAGUUAUAGGAUAAUUCAUGGAGUUAAAGCCCCAGAGGAGAUUGGAGAGAAUUUGAACCAAAGCAUGAGGGAGGUAAGUCUUGGAAAAGAGUAGGUGCACUUUUUACUAAAUAGGAGAAAGGGUCAAGAAGAGGCAAGAGAUAAAAGAGGAGAGAAGUUGAGGAAGCUCAUUUAUGCCAGAAGGCCUUUAUCACUUUUUCUUAAAUUGGAAGGUCAUUAAGAGCGAAAGAUGCAGAGGUAGAAUUUGGAACUUGAAAGUAGUUAAUAAAGUUUGGGAAAUUUAUUUGUGAGGAAUGCUGUAGUCAGUGAAAAUAAACAACAAUGAAGACCUAGUUAUGGUUAGAUAGCAAUGAAUUUGUAAUGGAUUGAGUAGUAUCUUUUGGCACUGUGAGCAAAACUGAUAUUUAGAGAUUUAUGUAGUGGGCAUAGCAGAAAUCUGGGGAAACAGGCAAAAGCAAUUGAAAAGGUAAAAUUAAAGUGGUUUACCUUGGAAUUUAAGCUGGGUAGGGAAGUGGGAUAGAACAGGGAAGUUCAGGUCUGACAGCACAGUUUUAUUCUGCUGUUAUGAAGGAAUGUUUGAGAGCUGCUAAGGGAGUGAUCCAAGUAGAAUUUAAAAGUAGCUUAUUUUUAUUUUUCAAUAGUAUUAUUUUCAAGUUUAAAAAAAUUAAUGUCUCACUUUUCCAACCAUUGAGCAAAUUAAAAAAGAAAUCGAAAGCCAAAUCCUUCGAUACAUAGUUGUGUUAUUCAGCAAACAAAUCCUCACAUUAGCCAUUUCUGGAAAUGUCUCUUUCUGCAUCUUAAGUUCAUUUUUCAUCAGGAGGAAAAAAGGAGAGAACAGCAGACUGGAAAUUCAGCCUAAAGACUUGACGUAAUGAGAAUCCACUUCGCCUACUAUAUGAAGGAAUAUAAUGGCACAAGUGAUUAAAGAAGUAUAAAGGAUUUCUCAAGUCUGAAAAGGGUGGGAACUCCAUCAUGAUUUCAUUUUCAACUCUACAGCAUCCUCUUCCUUGAAAUUUUUGUUUUUUUUUACUGUAGUCUCAGGCAGUUACUCUUAAGCAUGAACAUUGAAGACAAAUUGGAAGGAUUAUUUCUUAAAUGUGGCGGCAUAGACGAAAUGCAGUCUUCCAGGGCAAUGGUUGUAAUGGGUGGAGUAUCUGACCAAUCUUCAGUGUCUGGAGAACUCCAGGACGCAGUGCUUCAAGAUCGGAGUUUGCCACAUCAAGAUAUCCUUGCAGCAGAUGAAGUGUUACAAGAAAGUGAAAUGCGACCACAGGAGAUGAUUUCACAUGAUGAACUCAUGGUCCAUGAGGAGACAGUGAAAAAUGAUGAUGAGAUGGAGACACAAGACAGGCUUCCUCAAGGGCUGCAGUAUGCAGUUAAUGUCCCUAUAAGUGUAAAACAGGAAAUUACUUUUACUGAUGUAGCUGAACAACAAAAGAGAGACAAAAAGCAGAUUCGAGAGCCAGUAGACUUGCAGAAAAAGAAGAAACGGAAACAGCGUUCUCCUGCAAAGCACUUUCAACAGGAAGGAAUUGAAGCCUACAUUGACACUUUGCUUGCUCCACCAAGGUACUUUAAUGACGGUACUCAGCACCUCCCAAAUAUAUCCAGUGCUUUGGAGUUCAUUAUGGACAGUAAAGAGAGAACGAUCCUUACAAUAAAUGAGGAUGGAUCACUUGGUUUGAAAACCCCUAAAUCUCAUGUUUGUGAGCACUGCAAUGCUGCCUUUAGAACGAACUAUCAUUUACAGAGACAUGUCUUCAUUCAUACAGGUGAAAAACCAUUUCAGUGUAGUCAAUGUGACAUGCGUUUCAUACAGAAGUACCUUCUACAGAGACAUGAGAAGAUUCAUACUGGUGAAAAACCAUUUCGCUGUGAUGAAUGUGGUAUGAGAUUCAUACAGAAAUAUCAUAUGGAAAGGCAUAAGAGAACACAUAGUGGAGAAAAACCAUACCAGUGUGAAUACUGUUUACAGUAUUUUUCCCGGACAGACCGUGUAUUAAAACAUAAACGUAUGUGCCAUGAAAACCGUGACAAGAAACCAAACAGGAAUGCCACAAAGGGUGGCCUUUUGACAUCUGAGGAUGAUUCUGGCUUUUCUACACCUCCAAAAGACAGCUCACUGCCAAAAAAGAAAAGGCAGAAAACAGAGAAAAAGUCUUCUGGGAUGGACAAGGACAGUAUGAUGGACAAGUGUGACCAGAAAAAAGAUAAGAAUGAUUAUUUGCCUCUUUAUUCCUCAAGCACUAAAGUAAAAGAUGAAUAUAUGGUGGCAGAAUAUGCUGUUGAGAUGCCCCAUUCUUCAGUUGGAGGGUCACAUUUAGAUGAUCCUGCUUCAGGAGAAAUACACCCACCCAAGUUGGUUCUCAAAAAAGUUAACAGUAAAAGAAGUCUAAAGCAGCCACUAGAGCAAAGUCAAACAAUUUCACCUUUAUCCACAUACGAAGAUAGCAAAGUUUCAAAGUAUGCCUUUGACCUCGUGGAUAAACAAGCCUUACUAGACUCAGAUGGCAAUCCUGACAUUGACCAGGUUGAUUCCUUACAAGAAGGGCCCAGCAAACCUGUCCAUAGUAGCACUAAUUAUGAUGAUGCAAUGCAAUUUUUGAAGAAAAAGAGAUACCUGCAAGCAACUAGUAAUAACAGUAGAGAGUAUGCACUGAAUGUGGGUACUAUAGCCUCUCAACCUUCGGUAACGCAAGCAGCUGUGGCUAGUGUCAUUGAUGAAAGCACCACAGCAUCCAUAUUGGAUUCACAGGCACUAAAUGUGGAGAUUAAGAGUAAUCAUGACAAAAAUGUUAUUCCAGAUGAGGUACUACAGACUUUGUUAGACCAUUAUUCACACAAGGCUAAUGGACAGCAUGAGAUAUCAUUCAAUGUGGCGGACACUGAGGUGACAUCUAGCAUAUCGAUUAAUUCUUCUGAAGUUCCUGAGGUCACUCAGCCAGAGAGUGUUGGAACAAGCUCCCAAGCAUCCUCAUCAGAUAAAGCCAGUAUGUUGCAGGAAUAUUCAAAAUUUCUGCAGCAGGCUUUGGACAGAACUAGCCAAAACGAUGCCUAUUUGAACAACCCGAGCCUUAACUUUGUGACUGAUAACCAGACCCUUGCAAGUCAGCCAGCAUUUUCUUCCAUAGACAAGCAAGUCUACGCAGCCAUGCCCAUCAAUAGCUUUCGAUCAGGAAUGAAUUCUCCACUAAGAACAACUCCAGACAAGUCUCACUUUGGACUAAUAGUUGGUGAUUCCCAGCAUUCAUUUCCCUUUUCAGGUGAUGAGGCAAACCAUGCUUCUGCUACAUCAACACAGGACUUUUUGGAUCAAGUGACUUCUCAGAAGAAGGCUGAGGCACAGCCUGUCCACCAAGCUUACCAAAUGAGCUCCUUUGAACAGCCCUUCCGACCUCAAUACCAUGGAACAAGAGCUGGAAUGGCUUCUCAAUUUAGCACUGCCAAUGGACAAGUGAACCUGCGGGGACCAGGGACAAGUGCUGAAUUCCCAGAAUUUCCUUUGGUGAAUGUAAAUGAUAAUAGAGCUGGGAUGACAUCUUCACCUGAUGCCACAACAGGCCAGACUUUUGGCUAAUUAAAAAAUGUAAAUAAUAUUGGCACUUUAGAACAGAUUAAUCAAGAGUGGGUUUGCUCUGUAAAAGAUGGAGUGCUGUACAAACUUUAAGAGCAAUGUGUUAUAACAAAAGUAAGCUGAUAUGAAUAGCAAGAUAAUCCAAUAACUGAAUUUUUUUUCUUUUUGGUUAGUCAUCAUUCAUUGAACUGCCUUACAUGUUGCCACCUUUAUAGAAGCAAUGUAUCACUUAUUUUAGACCAGAAACUUGCUAUUCUACCUACACCAAGUUUAAAAAAGAAAACAAAAACAACAGCAACAAAAAAUAAGACUUUCGCACAAUUGUUUCCUGAUAUCAUUGUACAUUCUUGGGAAAUUAGUAAUUGUGUGAAAUUUACGCAUACUGUUUAUAAUUUUUCAGCAUAGACAUUGCACUUCAGCAGGGAAUCUUAAUAUACUUUGCAGACAGAGUGAACUUAAAAGUUUAAAUGUCAAGAGAUUAUGGCUUAAAAUUAAUGUAUUCUAUAGGAAAAAAAAUCUUCCAUCUUUUAAAAAAAGAACAAUAUGCCAUAUACCCUUGAUUUUCAUUUUGCAUUAUAUUGAGCUGUGUUUUCUGAGGGGGAAAUAGUAAUAAAAAUCUGAUAGUCUAAGACUCCACUAUUUAAAAGCCUAAUUACUUAAAAAUAUGCAUACUUUCAACACAUUUACCAAAAUACACAACUGCUGAAGCAUUUACUUCCAGACUAAAGUAUGCAUAUUGGUGUCAGUUUCUUUGUACAGUUGUACCUAGAUAUUUUUUAUGAUUUUUUUUUUCCAUGUGCAGGUAUCAAGGUUUUGAGGUUUUAGUCAAAGUAUUCUGUAGUUACAUUCCCAAGAACAUAAUGCUUUCACAGACUGUAUAUUCCAAGUUUUGAAGCUUAAUUGUAUUUUACGUUACAUAUACACUUUCACUUAACAUAGAGCACUUAGAUUCUAUUUGAUAUUUUUGAUUUCUCUCAAAGUAAAAAUUUUAGAUUUUUAGGUUUGAUAUGGUUGUGUCUUAAUCAUCUCAUAAAUGACAGUUUUAAUUUUUGGCAAUAAAAGGAAAUUGGGAUGUCUUCGGAUUUGUAAAAACUGGUUUAAUUUUUCCCUUUCUAGAUUCUUGGUAGAUCAGAUAAUUAAACAGUAUACAGAGAAACUAAAGAACUGGGCAUUUUAAUUGCAUAUUUUACCUUCAGCAACUUCUUGAUGAACACUGUUCAUUAUAGUUUUACAAACCAAAAGUGUUUACUAAUCCUAGUAACUACAAUUUCAUUUUCAGCCUAGUUGAGUAUCGGAAGCAUUUUGUUGCAUUUCAAAACAUAAAUAAACUACAGACUUUAUCCUCACACCAUGAAUCUUUUUUUUUUAUCCUGAAAAGGCAUGAUUUGAGUAAUAUGUUGGGUAGUUUUUAGUUUUUUACAUUGUAUAACGUCAGUGAUUAAUUAUUCUGGUGUCCCCUUCCAAACUUUUAGUUUUGUUUUUGUUUUUUCCUCCAACUUUUUGGUUUGCUUGCUAAAAUUCUCCAUCUUUCUCACACUGAUAUACACAUCAAUAUAGAUACCAAUAGUAACCUUGGAAGCUGACACUUCUUUAUAACAUGGCUUUCCCAACCUAAUCUUUAGUAGCUCUACAAAUUUGUGCACCAUGACAUUGUUUCUCAUAUAAAUGAUUUUACUUUUUUGGGAGUUAGCCCAUAGCUAUUCUCACAUGGAAAGGGAGCAAGCAAUAUUUGCAUUUACCACAUUUCAUAUUUGUGUUGAACAUAGCAGUGUUUUAAAAUUAGGACCAUCAAUUAAAAGGAUUUGUCAACUAUUUUUAAUGUAAUUUUCUUCAUACUUUGAUUACUCUAUGACUUUUGAAAUUUUAUACAUUUCCAUUUGGCAGUUUUUUAACCCCCUGCCAAAUUUUGGAAAGAACUAGAUUCUUUAGAAGCAGAGAUUCAGUCCUGCCAUUAUUGGCUCAGCUGUUCAUCAUCUUAAACUGGGUGUGUUAAGUGUCAUGUGAUUAUAAGAAGGCUUCUUUUAGAUGAGAUCUUUAAAACUUGGGGCUAUGUCCAUUCUGGAUGGACAUUAAAUAUUUCACAGCACUUUUAAUAAGGGUAGGGAGUUGUAGCCUUGGUCAGAAUUUUUUUCAUCGUGGCUGAAAAUUUUUGUUCAGCUGAAUGCCUGGUUUAAUACCAAGGUACAACAUUAGUUUGGUGGGGGGCAAGGUAUUUUUUUUUCCAACAUCAUGGCUUUUACCAGAAUACUUUUAUGAAUAUGACUCAACAACUAAUGAGCAACUAUUGUAAGCUUAGAAGGAGGCCUUUGGUAGAUAGUAUUAUUAUGCAAGUAAAACUUCAGUUGUUGCAUUCCUGUUUUAAAAUAGCCAUAGUUCUUUAAUUCCAGAUAUAGGCUUUCUUUGAGAGAUUAUAACUAUAAAUUAUUGACUAACCCCUUUAAAUAUUUAGUCUUUUGCUGUUUUAAAGUUUAAGUAAGGAGCCCAAGUCAGAAGUUACCCUGUAUUGUCACCAUAAUAAUAUCUGUUCUUUGGGUUUUGUCCCUCUUGUUCACAAAGUUUUUUGGCAAAUAUCAGUGCAUAGGUAGAAUGGAAGCUUCAUGCCUUGCUCUGGGCUAGAAUGUCAAGGGUUUGGCAUUGUCUUUUGAGGCUCUUAUUUCUUUUCAGACUUCCCUGUAGACAAAUUGUGUAUAUGAACCUGCUUCUAUAUGUUUUUGCUUUUGUUUGAUUAGUCUUGAGAUAUACUUUUGCACUUCUGUUCUAUCUAACACUAUACCUUUGAGGAUGAGAAGCAGGUGAUCAUUCACCUCUGACAAAGCAGUAACUAUUAACUUACAAUGGGUUGACUUUGCCUAAAAAUUCUCCACAGUGCACAGAUGUUGUUUGGUUUUGGAAUAUUUGAGAGACUGUUAUGAAUCUUUGGGUAUCUAUAUGCAAAAUGUCUACUGGGUAUAUUUAAUACAUUACUGCUAGAAAUAAUACUCUUGAGCACUUGCCAAGGAUUCUCAGGAGGCAGAAAGAUCCUAACUAUUUGAGAGGCAGAAAGCACCUUGUCCUAGGGAUACUUUCAUUUUUAUUAGAAUAGAGGAGAGAACUUUUGAAAUGUUAGGUUGAUCUAAAAAAAGAACUCCUUUAAUUUUCUUCAUUUGAGUUUUUAAAGGGCUGUUCACUAGAAGCCGGGCACCUUUAACAAUUCAUGUUACUAUAGUUCACGUUUUAGCUAGAAUUCGCCUUUUCACAAAGCAUUUCCUGAGGAAGCACCAUUACAGUCAUUGGAAAAUGUUUUUGAAAUCCCCAAUUUAAUUUAUACUUUUUUCAGUUUCAAAUUGCGUUAUUUCAGGGAAAGAAUUUUCCAGUUGCUUUUGCUAUACACUGCAAAUAAAAACCUUAUGUUUCCCCUUUUCACUUAACUUUUGGUAGGAAACAGACUGAAGCAGACAAACAUUUCUUAGUUGUGUUUGUUGCUUUCUGUCAUCCGAUGGAUGGAAAGGUAAAACCCUAUAAACGUUAUUUUAUUUUUUUAUGCAAUACCAUGCUGUAAAUAUGGUUUAUCAAUUAAGGAUGUACCUAUGAUUGAAUCUUUAAUUCUGCACAGUUAGAGUUUAUAUAUAAAUGUGUCUUGACAAUCAAGGACUUUUAUGUGAGUCUUCCUUUAUGAUGUUUAUUAAUGUUAUGCAUUCCAUUUGUUUAAAGUGAGUACCAAUGUGCUAAUUUGUAUUGUCUGAAAGUAUGUAAUGUUUUUACAGCUUGUUUUUAAAAAUCUGUAAAUAUGUACAAACAAAUCACAGUACUGCUUUAUGUUAGAAGGCAUAUGAUGUUGUACUGUAUGUAAGCAAUAAUCCAUAGCAGUGCUAACUUUACAAGUAGCAUCAGAAUAGUUCUAAAAACUGUUUUGGAGUUCAUAAUUAUUCUUAUUUCAGUUAAUGAUGACUAAUCUUUAAUCAGUUUUUAAUAAAUAAAUUCCAUUGUCCUCCUGUUGGAGCAUAACAUUGUUUACACAGCAUAAUUUCAGUCGCAGAGGAGACAGGCUUAAAUCUGACUUCAUCUGUACUCACUUUCAGUAAGCAUUGAAUGGCCUUACCACUCUUCUGCAAGAUGGAGGAAGACCGCAAAACUUAGUAGCCUCACAGUGAAGGAAGGGGUAUAUCUUUCUGCUUCUGUACUGCUUCCUACCUAUUCUUGUGAUUUGCUUUGGGAGGUGUUUUUUUUUUGUUUGUUUGUUUAUUUUUGUUUUUCAUUUUAGAUUCAAGUCCAUAGGUCCUGAGGUGAUUUAAGCCCCAUUAUAAAAAAGAGUAGGUCUCUUGAUGUUUCAUAAAUGGUUACAAAAAUAUUAAAUUUGUACAUUGAUUUUUAGAUACUUAUUUUUCAAGUUUGAGUUCUCAACUGAUGAGAUGAACUUAUUCAACUUAAAUACAAAAAGACAAACCUAUUAUAGCUUGAAUUGAGUAGAUACUAUACUGUACAGAGCAGCAUAACUAUUUGAACACAGAUGUCACUGCUUUAGAAAUAAAACCACCAAUUUAUAAAUGUAUAUGACCUACAUUUUAUAGGAGAAAUGUUUUUAAAUGCUAGUCAUUUAUAUAAUAUGUGCUUUGAAGGAUUUGCUAGUCCACUUCUGUCACUUUUAGUACACUGGUAUCUUUUAUAUGUAAUGUAUGCUUUUUAUUAUUGUGGCAGAGCAUUUCAGUAGAAAGAAUUUUGCAACAAUAUGGGGGAACUUUUUCAUUGUUGGAUUUGAAUUAUACUGGAUUUUAUCUGUGUAGUCUUACUUGUCUUUAUUUUAAUGCUGUCUGGAAGGGAACUUGGUAUCCAAAUAAAGCAGGUAACCUCAUUUUAUUUCAAGGGCAUACUGUGUAGUGCUGAAUUUAAUCUGGAAACCUGAUGAUUUUAAAAAGGAAGAAAUUAGUUUAUAAAAAUUGUACAGAAUAAAUUGUGUGUGAUGGAAACCCUUGGUAAAUAGGUAGUAAAAUACAGUGAAUUUUCUGAUAUAUAGUGUUAUUUUCCUGAGAUCCAUAUGCCUUCUUUGUAUUUCAGCUAAUAAAAGAAGCUCUAUCAUGAAAACUGGUAGGGUAAUAGGUUAUUUCCGUGGAUAUACAGUAUUACUUUACUUAUGCCAUUUUCUUACCCUUUCAUUAUCAUUGUAAAAUUUGAUUUCCCAUUGGUAAUUAAGAAUGUAUAUAAUAUAGAUGAUUUUGUAUAAAACUGAAUGAAUUGGGUUUUAAGUUCAUGACCGAAAUGAUAGAGUGGGCUCAUAAUUGCUUGAUACUUCAUGAAAUUUUUUGAGAGUUGUAGGGGAAUGAGGGUAGAGUAGUGCGUAUGCUGGGAGUGUGAUUGGCAGGUUGUCCCACAACCUGCCAGGAAUUCAACAAAAGAUAUAACGCAAACAUACUUUAGGUUUCAGAUACAAAGCAAGCCUUUUCUUUCAAUACUGCCUAGGAGCAUUGAAUUCAUAAUCCACUCAGGUGAAAAUUGCUUUGCAAUGAAAUUUAUCAAAUUGCAACAUAUUUGAAAAAUAAGACUGUGUGAUGUUUUAUUGGGAAAAUCGAAGCAUUUCUAUAGUUAGUAGACUUGGAAAACUGAAAUUUGAUGGCAAAUAGAUCUAUUUUUAAAGAUCAUGUUUCUCCCUCCAAACAGAAUUGUUUUUGAACAAUUUGGAGGUAUGAUUUCUGUUCCAAUUCGUUUGACUCGUCAUUGUGAAAAUGAAGAUCUUUGCUUGACCCAACAUUAUGCCAUGAACAAAUGAAUUGUUGAGCCUUUACAGUACAGUGGAAGCUUGCUUCAUGCAUAGUCAUGGAAUGUGGACAUGUAUUCUUUGAACUGAUUUAUUCAUUAAGUGGCUUAAUGGGUUUCACAGCUUCUGGCAUUAUUGUUUUCAUAUGGUUAACUUAGCCAUUUGGGUUUUAUAAUACCAUUUUUCUGUAUUGUGAUACUAAGGGAAGUUGUGUUUUGCUUUAUUUUUAAUUGAAUUAUUAGUCUGAUAAUUUAUAUUUGCAAAUUAUGCAUUUUAAAUGUGGACACUGGCUGUUUGAAAAAUAAAAAAUACAGAAUACAGUUUUAUGAA